AUGGAAAUUUCUAGCUCAAUUGCGUUUGAUCGUGACAGUGAUUCUAGCUUAAUUGCUUUUGAUCGUGAUUGUGAUUCUAUUUUUUCUGCUGGAGUUGGUUUAGUCGACUCGUUUUCGAAACAAUUGGAAAAAAAGAAUGCUAUUUUAUUUGAGGAAGCAACUAGUUCUGAAUUUUAUGGGAAACAAUUUCCUUCUGAAGAUGUGGCUUAUGAAAUGUUUAAUGAAUAUGCAUUUAGAAAGGGCUUUGGAAUUAGAAUUGGAAAAAGUAAGAGGCGAAGAGAUGAUUCAUUCUCUAUGAAAAGAUUUGUUUGUACAAAUGAGGGUUUUAAAGAUGAUAAGUGCAGGAAUAAUAGGCUGUAUGAGAGACUUAACAUAAGGACCGGUUGCUUAGCUUUUGUGCAGUUUAGUAUUGACCGUUCAGGUGUAUAUACAUGUACAAGACAUGAGAUGGUUCAUAAUCAUGAAAAGAUUCCUGUUGACAAGAGACAUUUAAUAAGGUCUCAAAGGGAUAUUUCUAAGGAACAUAUUAAUUUCAUUUCUACACUUAGAUUGAGUGGAGUUAAAGUUUCUGAUUCUUUGAGAGCUUUGAAGAAGGAGGUUGGAGGGUCUCCUAACCUUUGUUUUACAGCUCCUGAUGCUUAUAAUGCUAUUUCUGUUGAAAAGACAGCUAAACUUGGGGGAGGUGACAGCAAUCAACUAAUCAAAUUUUUUGCUAAGAGACAAAUUGAUGAAGCAGAUUUCUAUUAUGAUUUUGAACAAGAUGAAAAUGGUGCAUUGGUUAAUUUCUUUUGGAGAGAUGGAAGGAUGAUGAGAGAUUAUCAUUACUUUGGUGAUUUGUUAGUUUUUGAUACUACUUAUAGGACUAACAAAUAUGGUAUGAUUUGUGCUCCAUUUGUGGGUAUGAAUCAUCAUGCAAAUAAUGUGAUGUUUGGCAUGGGAUUUAUACUUAAUGAAAGAACAGAAUCAUUUGAGUGGUUAUUUGAUACUUUUCUAACUUCUAUGGGAAGGAGAAGUCCUAUUACUAUUAUGACUGAUCAAGCUCAAGCAAUUGCAGCUGGGAUAAGAAAUAUUUUCCCCAAAGGUGUUCAUCAUAGAUUAUGUGUGUGGCAUAUUGAACAAAAUUCUAAGAAACACAUUGGGGCGUUGAGAGCUUUGGAUGGUUUCACUGAUUUAUUUGGUUAUUUACUGAAGUAUUGUGAAACUCCACCAGAAUUUGAGCAUUAUUGGAAAAGAAUGUUGUUGAAAUAUGACUGUGCAAAUGUUGAUUGGUUGAAUUAUUUGUAUAAAAUCAAAGAGAUGUGGUGUCCAGCUUUUUCAAAGAAAUUUUGGUCAGGAGGUGUGCUUUCAUCUCAACGUAGUGAGACAACUAACAAAUCAGUUUCUCAAAGGCUUAACAAGACACAAGGUCUAUGUGAUUUCUAUCAAGUGUUUCUCGAUGUGGUUCAAGAGUGGAGAAGCAAAGAAAAAGGGAGAGAUUAUAAUACAAUCAGAGGUAAUCGUCAUUUGGCUUUUGCAUACAUUGGGAUUCUUGUUCAUGCUAGAUCAUUGUAUACUAUUCAAGCUUAUGUGCUUUUUGAGGAAGAGUUCAUUAAGGGUACUGCUUGUGAUCAUAAGGAUGCUGGUGUGAAUUUUCCUGAAUAUUAUUAUCAUUUGUGGAGACCUGGGAAAGAUAUGAUCAAGCACGAGGCUGCUAUGUGUAGUCAUGGCCUUGAUGAACCUACAAUGAAAACCAAUGUAGUAUCUACAAGUGUUUGGAGGACACAAACACUAAGGAACUUUGUUAAGUUGGUAACAAGUUGUCAACACUCUUUGAAUGCUAGAGCAGAGGUUGAAUGUUAUUUCAAUCUUUUAAAAGAAAAGAUUGAGAGUGUUACUGGUACUAUUGAUUUUAAUGAACCGGUUGAAGGUAUUGAAAUUGUUGAUCAUGAAGUUAAGAAUCCGGCAAAAUCAAGACCUAUUGGAGAGAGGAAUUAUAGGCCUAAGAGUAAUUUAGAGAAGGCUUAUAACAAAGCCAGGGGUCAGUGGUUGAAGAAAAAGUCAGUAUACACUCCUUAUAAAAGAUCUAAAGGUCAAGCAGUAGUUCAGGAAUUGGACGAGAAUGGGUGUCCUAUAUCUUAUGCUAAUUCUUUGGCUGAUCCUAAUGAGUUAAUUGUGAUUGAAGAUCCAAGUGCUCAGGUUUGUAAUAAAAAGACUGCCAUUGUAGAAGAUAUCCCUUCAGAUGAUAGUGUUUCAAAUGACUUUGAACAGGAAUAUGGAUAUAGCUCUAUGCAAUCAAACGUUACUGUUGAUCCAGACAUAUCUUCUAUUGUUAAGGGUAAAACAGCUGCAAUUGCUCAUGAUGUUGAUAAUUUUCCAACAAGUUCUCAAUUGCCACCAAAGAAACCAAGAAAUGUACAUUUUCCCACAGUUGUGCAUGCUCAAAUCAAUGCUCAAGCUCCUUCUAAAGUUUCUAGCAUUGUUCAAAAUCCUCCAAAAGCUCCAAGAAAUGUUCAAGUUCGUUCUAGUGUUCCGAAGAAAGUUCAAGCUCCUUCUAAUGUUCCAAGAAGUACUCAAGGCUGUUUUCGGAAUGUUCAAGUUGAUUCUAGUAUUUCAAGAAAUGUGCAUGAUGUUCCUAAUGUUCCAAGAAGUACUCAAGGAAAUUCAAGGAAUGUGCAAGUUUCUCCUAGUGUUUCAAGGAAUGUUCUACUUUCUCCUAGUGUUUCAAUGAAUGUUCAAGGAUCUCCUACUGUUUCAAGAAGUACUCAAGGAGGUUCUCCACAGAUUUCAACCAAAUAUGAUAGGUUAUUAGCGUUUUUUGAUACUAGUGUGGCUAAGAGAUUGGCUACAAAUGGUAAAUAAGAGAGUAAAUCAAUAUGCAAUUAUGUUUUGGUGUUUAACUA